UUAAUAAGAACCAUCUCGUUUCAAUCAUGCACGCGGACACUGGCCUCACUACUCUGACUACUCAUUAUAGGCAUUAAUGCACAAUCCCUCCUGGGCCUCUUCUGAGAACGGGAAGGGCAUUUUGGACUCUAUCGACGAUACGACAGGGCGGUCGCGGGAGCACGAUUGUGUCAGUAUUCAUCUUAUCCUGAAUCUGAUUUUGCCAGCGAAGGCUCAAAUCAAAAUCUUACCACAAAUCGGUUAUGAGGACGGUUUCUUUUCCUUCACGGAGCAUCAGCUUGUCUGCUGCCUUUUGAAAGAUUUCAGAAUGGACCAAAGGAACAACAGGCUCACACCAAUCGCCAAAAAAAUGCGCCGAUUAAGUAGUGCCGAGCAGGAAAAGCAAUGCUCGCUUGCAAAAAUACUUGAUAAUGUCUUUGGAUCCAAGACAUCUGCUGAAAAGAACACACAGGACGAGGUCAGUCGAUUGUCCUUCUUCCUUUUCCUUAAUGGCAAGAAUACGAGCUACCGUAGAGGAGUCAACAUGCUGUGGGCCAAUGGCAGCUGUGGCCCUGCCUCCUCCUCCUCAUCUCCCAAUCCACCAUCCGCACUCCAGCAAAAGUGCCUCAAGACCAAGGUUGUUUUCAAGUCCGACGACGUGAGCACAAUCAAAGAAGCAAGAACAGCUCUAGAGAAAAUGGAGGCAAAAGAUCCCCGGUACGCAAGCAGCAAACUCGAAUUCAAGGAUCUUAUUCGCCAAAGUCUUCAACGUCCGGAAAAAUACCAAGAGCAAAUCGACAAAUCUGAACCGGGGCAACCGCGACAAAAGUAUGUACUUACUGGCAACCUUUCGACCAACGGUCAUGACCUACGAGUCAUGGCAUACAAAUUGACGGUGGGUAGGCGAUCGAAGCCUCCAACCACGAUGACGGACGCUGAAAUCGUUGAAUCCACAACAGCUUCAUCAAUAUCACCCCCAGUACCAACAUCCAACACAGUCUUCAACACAGUCUUCCCCUGGUCAACCGUGCCAAUGAUACAAGGAUGGUCGUAUGUAUCCAAAAAAUUUGACAGCCAGAGAAAGUCGACAGUCUCCUCCGAAAUACAAACGACGAGGUUGGAAUACGGAGUCUUUGUGUAGACCCCGGGAUUGCCAGUACCGCCACUGCUGCCCUUAUUCACUCUAGCUAUGAAAAGGAAAAUAUCAACCUGAACAUCUCCCGCGGCCCACGGGAUGAUAUCGACCGGAGAUAC